CAGUGACGUCACAGAAAGAGAAGAUGGCGGCUGUGCUGAAGGCGGAAGCGGGGCAGUGUGGGCGGCUGUGCGUUGUGUGAGACUCAUCCUACAUGGACCCGUCGCCAUGAGCAACAAGGAGAUGGUUUCCACGGAGACAGAGAACAAGGUCCAGAGGAAGCUGUACCUUCCUACCAAGCUGUUGGAGUGUGUCCCUCGUCUGUCCAGCCUGCCUAACGAGCGUCUCAGGUGGAACACUAACGAGGAGAUUGCGUCCUACCUGAUAUCAUUUGAGAGACAUGAUGAGUGGCUGUCCUGCACCCUGAAAACCAGGCCGAAGAACGGCAGCAUCAUCCUGUACAACAGGAAGAAGGUGAAGUACAGGAAGGACGGGUACUGCUGGAAGAAGAGGAAGGACGGAAAGACCACGAGAGAGGACCACAUGAAGCUCAAGGUCCAGGGCAUGGAGUGCCUGUACGGUUGCUACGUCCAUUCCUCCAUCGUGCCCACAUUCCACAGACGAUGCUAUUGGCUGCUGCAGAACCCAGACAUCGUGCUGGUCCACUACCUGAAUGUGCCGUCCCUGGAGGAUUCUGGGAAAUGCAGUCCGCUGCUGUGUGCCGUGUCGGACCGCCAUGACAGCGUGCGGUGGAGCCGAGACGAGCUGCUGAGCCAGCUGAAGCCCAUGUUCCACAGUGUGAGCUGUUCGGUGGGUUCUGGAGAGUUCAGCAUCGAGGAACUGGUCCAGCACAUCGUGGACCGGCAGAGAACCAAACCACAGCCGCGCACGCACGCCUGCCUCUGCAACACCGGCCCCGUCUCUACAGGAGUCAACAUUCCCCACCGCUGUAACAGCACCAAGCAUCGCAUAAUCUCCCCCAAACUGCCCCCCUCCUCCUGCAGCCUCUCCCCCUCCCCCCGGGCCUCUGAGGGGGGGGAGGCAGGGAGAGGGGGGGGAGGAGAAGCCAAACUGCCCCCCCUGCAGGCUCAGAGCAGCCCCGUCGCAUCACCCUCCCCCUCGUCCACCUCGGCGUCGUCGCCCCCGCAGCCUCACAGAGCGACCAUCGCCAUGGCGAACCACGCCAACGGUUUCUACGGCGACCGCCGCACCAACCUGACCACGGUGGCUCUCCCGCAGAAUGCCGUCAUCGUCAUGGCGACGACGACCGCGACGACCCCCCGAGGCUCGGGACAGUUGCUACUCUCCCCCGCUCUCCCCCCCGCUCCCGCGUCCUCCUCCUCCUCCUCCCCCCCCGCUGCCCCCCCUCCCACCACGCUCUCCCUCACCCUGCUCCUCGCCCCCCCUCCCUCCCCCCCUCCUCCCCCCUCCCUCUCCCCCGCCUUCGACCCCGACUCCUUCCUCAACUCGCCCAAACAAGGCCAGACGUACGGGGGCCCUCUUCCUCCCCCCUCCCCCGUCCUCUGCUCCUCCUCCUCCCCCCUCUCCCCCCCCGCCCUCGCCCUCGCCCUCUCCCCCACAGCCACCCCUCCCUCCUCUGUCUACAGGAAAGACUCGACCCUCCCGACUUCCUCCUCCUCCUCCUCCUCCUCCUCUUCCUCGCCGCCAGCGUCCUCCCUCCUCCCCCCCUCCCUCGCCCUGUCCCCCCCGCCCUCCGUGGCCCCACCCCUCCUCCCCCUCCCCCUCUGCCUGGAGCUGGGGGCUCUGGGGGAGUCUGAGGGGGGAGAGGGGGAGGAGGGAGGAGGUGAAGAGGAGAAGGACAGGAGAGGUGAUGAUGAUGAUGAUGAUGAUGAAGGCAGCGCUCCGCCCACUAAGCUCGCUCUGCUGCAGACCAGCCACCAGCAGCAGCCCGCUCAGCCGGCCAAUCAGACGCAGCGACCGGAUCAGCCGGCCAGUCAGAUGCAGCGACAUGCGGACGGACAGCAGCCCUAUAAUCAGCUGUCUGCUUCUGAAGCUCCGCCCCCGACUCAGAUGUCCCUCCAGCCCCCGCCGCAGGCCGCGUUCGCUAACGCUAAAGCUAACUCUCUCGGCCCGGGCAGGGCGGACGCUAACGCUGACUCGGCGCCCGCUGCUGUCGCUAUGGAUACUGCCCACCCGGAGUCGUUGCCCGUGGAGGUGAAGGAGGAGGACGCCAGCAUGGACACGCGGCCGCAGCAGGAGGAGGGGGAGGGGGAGGGGGGGCGAGCCGAUGACCUCGACAUCUCCUUUGACAGCCAGUUCCCUGACCUCAUCUCUGACCUCAUCACUGAGGCGACCAAUCCCGUGGCGGCUCCCCCCGUCCGCUACAUGGUGCCCCCCCAGCCCUCCCCCUCCUCCUCCUUCCUCCCCUUCCCCCCCCCGCUGGCGUCCUCCACCUCCUCACGCCUCCACGCCAUCACGGACUUCUCCCCAGAGUGGUCCUACCCAGAGGGAGGAGUUAAGGUUCUGAUCACAGGUCCGUGGAGUGAGCUGUCUGGUUCAUACUCGUGUGUUUUCGAUCAGAGCGCCGUCCCUGCAUCGCUGAUCCAACCGGGAGUUCUACGCUGCUACUGCCCCGCCCACGAGGCCGGUCUGGUGUGUCUGCAGGUUCUGGAGUCCGGAGGUUCGGUCUCGUCUUCGGUUCUGUUCGAGUACCGAGCGAGGAACGCCAGCUCUCUGCCCAGCUCGCAGCUCGACUGGCUCUCAUUGGACGAUAACCAGUUCAGGAUGUCCAUCCUGGAGCGUCUGGAGCAGAUGGAGCGAAGGAUGGCGGAGAUGGCCGCCCGCGACAACCAGCAGCAGCAUUAUAAUAACCACCACCAUCAUCAUCAUCAUCAGCAACAGCAGUUGGCCACGCCCCCUCCCCAGCUGGUCACGCCCCCUCCCCCGCUGGCCACGCCCCCUCCCCCAGCCCUACCUGACGACCACCAGCAGUGGUUUGAGAGGAGGAUUGUGGGAGUGUGUGAGCGGAUGAUGAGAGGAGGACGGUGGGGAGGAGGAGGAGGAGGAGAAGAGAGGCUUCAUCACUCGGUCCGUCACCGUGGGAUGACACUGCUCCACCUGGCUGCUGCUCAGGGAUACACACACCUGAUACACACUCUGAUCCACUGGAGGACUGUUAGCAGCGAUAGUUUGGACCUGGAACAGGAAGUCGAUCCUCUAAACAUCGACCACUUCUCCUGCACCCCGCUGAUGUGGGCGUGUGCUCUGGGCCACCAGAGGGCAGCAGAGCUCCUGUACGGCUGGAACAGCUCAGCUCUGGGGAUCCCUGACUCACUGGGACGCCUGCCGCUCGCCGUGGCUCGCUCGCGCGGGCACACCCGCCUUGCCACGGUGCUGGAGGAGCUGCACACGCACACUCACAUGACGGCCAGGGACACGCACACGCCACAGCUGCCGCCGUCUCCCCUGUCUACAAGCCCCGACACAGGUCUGAGUUCCUCCAGCAGCCUGCCCUCCCCCAGCGGGCCGUCCUCUCCGUCUCCGAGCUCCGCCUACUCCAGCGGCCCCGCCCCCAUGGAUACAUCCCCCUCUUCCCCCUCCUCUCCUUCCUCUUCCUCCUCUUCCUCCUCUUCACUGCCUGUCUCCCCCCCCUCCCCGUCUUCCGUCCCCCUCUCCUCCCUCGCUCCAGUGUCGAUGUGGGGGGAGGAGCCCAGCGCUGGCCUCAGUAACGCAGCAGGUUUGGGUGCCAGUGGCUCCAGAGACUCUCCCCUUUACCUCAUGGACUACGAGAGCGCCGCCCACGUGCACGCUUACACGCAUGCACACACAGCGGGGGGGCGGCGGGCGCACGCGGGGGCAACGCUGGAGGAGCAGCUGCUGAGCUACAGCGAGAACGCCGAGAACGAAGGAGAGGAGGAGGAGUACCUGGAGGAGGAGGUGCUGCAGGUUGACAUGGCAACGCUGGCAGAGCAAAUCAUCGAGGCGACGCCUGAGCGAAUCAAACAGGAGGAUUUCCCCCGGGGGGCGGAGUCUCCGCUCAGAGAAAGGCGGGACAACCCGGCCAUGCAGGACACCUGGUUGGCUACGUACCUGGACACGGUUGACGCCCACUCGUACUCGCCGCCCAGGCGUGUGUGCCCCCCCUCGCCCCUCAGCGCUCUGGCCCUGCAGAGGCUCCGCCCCCCCUCCUCGGCAGCGUGGGCAGAGUUCCUGAACGCGUCGGCCAAUGGGAAGAUAGAGAGAGACUUCGCCCUGCUGACGCUGACGGACGGGGAGCAGAGGGAGCUCUACGAGGCAGCCAGGAUCAUUCAGAACGCCUUCAGGAGAUACAAGGGUCGGAGGCUGAAGGAGCAGCAGGACGUGGCUGCUGCGGUCAUUCAGAGAUGCUACAGGAAAUACAAACAGCUAACAUGGAUAGCUCUGAAGUACGCUCUCUACAAGAAGAUGACCCAGGCGGCCAUCUUGAUCCAGUCCAAGUUCCGCUCGUACUACGAGCAGAAGCGCUUCCAGCAGAGCCGUCGGGCCGCCGUGCUGAUCCAGCAGUACUACCGCAGCUACAAGGAGUACGAGAGGCUGAAGCAGGCGCCACGGGGGGCAGCUGGCCACAACCCCAAGAAGGGGUCGUUCCUGACGAAGAAACAGGAUCAGGCAGCGAGGAAGAUCAUGAGGUUCCUGAGACGCUGCAGACACAGGAUUAAAGAGCUGAAGCAGACGAGGGAGCUGGAGCGGAGAGGACUGACCACUUAGAGACAAGAGGAGGCGGAGCUUUACUCUGAAAGGGACAGAAACAGGAAGAAGAGACGGAUGCCCCCCCCACACACGUCAACCCUUCCGUCUUCCUCCUCCUGUUAAUCCGUCCAUCAGUCUUCUUACUCUCUGCUGCUGAAUGUAGCCGUCCGUCUUUCCAAAAAGCGUCAAGCGUCCCUUUGCUCUGCCUCACAGGCACCAGACGGGUUUGGGUUUUCCUGCCCUGAGCAGAGCCCUGCAGGCAGCACGGCGGGAAGAAAACAGAGGCCUUGUCGCUACCUGAUGUGAGUCAGUGAGUGCAGAUGUGAGUUGGGCACGCUCACAUUUAAACGGUUUACGGCAUAACGCAAAGGGAUCCGGAUCCGGCAAAAUUGCUAACGUUAGCUCCAAACACCAUCCGAGUGACGGCCUUUGUGUCUGGCUGCCUGCAUCAGGUAGAGACAGCCAGACACCUCUGCUCUGACUCUGACUCCCAUCAGGUAGAGACAGCCAGACACCUCUGCUCUGACUCUGAAAACACAGAAACAAGAACUGUUGCAGCAGUCAAACAGUUUACACUUAAAGUUUGACUGCAGAUUACUGGUCCACUGUGAGGAAGGCCUGGCAGGCUCAGCUCAGGGCUCAGGGCAGGAACAGCCCUUCCCAUGAUGCAGUGCCAUGUUUCCCGGGGUUACGGGAGGAGUGGGGGGGAGGGGUGGGGGGGUGUCAGAUUUUGGGACGGAGCUCCUGAACGUGUAAAUGAUUCUAACAAAUCUAUUUAAACACAAUCACUUCUAUAAACAUUAUUAUGAAUAUA